GUCAGUCUUCGCACAUGGAAUUGCGAAUCAGUUGCGCUUUUGCGCUCCAGCCAGCCGACCUCACGGACGCGCGAGAACAGCCGCCGCUCAUCGGUGCAGCGCACGGGCUGAGGACUCUAUUCCAAUAUCCUUUUGCAAAGUUUUUAUUUUUAUAAAUUGGAUAUUUUUUAUUUUAUUUCAUUUCUUCAGGAAGAUUGUUCUUUCCAAUUACGCGAUGGAGAAGAUGUCUCGACCUCUUCCUAUUAACCCAACUUUCCUACCUCCGACUCACGGCGUCCUGAAAUCCCUGCUGGAAAACCCCAUGAAACUGCCCUUUCAUCACGAUGAAGGGUUCGGGAAAGAGAAAGAGAAGGAAAAGAAGUUGGAAGAGGAUGGAAACGGUCUAAACACCCCUCAGUCUGCCUUCUUGGGGCCGACUCUGUGGGACAAGACCCUGCCGUACGAUGGCGACAACUUCCAGCUGGAGUAUAUGGAUUUAGAGGAGUUUCUGUUGGAGAACAAUAUUCCCGCCAACUCUCAGAACGAGCAGAACCAAUCAUCCCAGCAGCCCCUGCCACAGCAGCCUCCUUCCGCCCCGCCUACACCUUCUGUGGUGGAUCUCAGUAACCGGGCGACCACCUCCGUUCACUCUGGGAUUGUUGGCCAGAACUGCCUCCAGAGUCCCAGCAGAGCAGUUCUGCCCUCUUCACGUGACACGCCCAGUCCGAUAGAUCCAGACUCCAUCCAGGUUCCGGUUGGGUACGAGCCCGACCCCGCUGACCUCGCCCUAUCCAGCGUCCCAGGACAGGAAAUCUUCGACCCUCGCAAGCGCAAAUUCAGCGCGGAGGAGCUGAAGCCGCAGCCCAUGAUCAAAAAGGCGCGCAAAGUCUUCAUUCCAGAUGACAUGAAGCAGGAUGACAAGUACUGGGCACGGCGCAGAAAGAACAAUGUCGCGGCCAAACGGUCCCGGGACGCUCGCCGGCUGAAAGAGAACCAGAUCGCCAUCCGCGCGGGAUUCCUGGAGAAAGAGAACGCGGCGCUCAGACAGGAAGUGGCCGACCUGCGGAAGGAACUCGGCCGCUGUAAGAACGUUCUGGCCAAAUACGAGGCGCGACACGGCCCUCUGUGAGCCCCUCCCAUCCCCACACAAGCCCCGCCCACACCCACCCUCCAGGGACUUCUGUGUGCCCAUUUAAGAGGCACCAAAUUCUCCUCAAAUUUUUUCACGUUUCUCUCUCGAUAUUUGAGUUGACGUGUUUUUCGUUUGUGUUUCAGUGUCUGUCCUUCUCCUCUCAAGUAGGAAUUUCACUUCUCUCUCUUUCCUUUUAUUUGUUCGUUCGUCCAUUUAUUCCUUCGCCAACGACGGAUCGUUUAUUUGGAAAUGAUUCUACAUGGUUCUCGUUUUCUCUGGAAUGUUUUCAAACACGGACUGAUAAAUAUUUUCCUCUCUUCUCGCCCUCCUGUCUGUCAAUCAUCCGCUCGGUCCAUCCCCCUCUUCCCAGAGGCUCCGCCCACUUCCUGUUGCUCGAGCUUAUUUUUGUGUAUAUUAUUGUAUUUUAGUUGAAUAGCUGUAAUGCACCGACACCUUUCGUUCUGUAAAGUGUGUAUAACACUAGCUAGCAUCAGAACACAAUGUCUGUUUCCUGUUCUUUGUGUUUUUCGUCUGUUUUAUUUUCAUCAUUACUUUUAAACCAACACCAGCGUAGUUUUUUUGCGUCUUUCCUGUAUUGUCCAUGGAGCAAUAAGCCUGAAUCUCUUCAGAGGGCAAAACACAUGAAAUGUAAGCUAGAUUCUUCUACUCUAAAGUUUCUGCAAAGCCUGUUUCAUAGCGCCAUCAUGUACUUGCUGUAGUGCAGAAACUUUCCCUCCAAAACUUUCCCUCCAAAACUGCUGAAUCCAUUAUUUGUCUCUCUUUCUCUCUCUCUCUCUCUCUCUCUCUCUCUCUCUCUCUCUCUCUCGCUCUAACUCCCUGCACUAAUGCGUGUUUCACAAUCUGAUCUGGUGCAAUGUUUCUACCUACACUAUAAUCUGCCUGAUAUAUUUAUGGACUUUUUUUUGAAUGGAAGAUUUUUUUUCAAAAAUAUUCAGCUGUUAAUUACUACUAUUGUUAUAGCUGUUCUUAUUGUUAUGGCUGUAUAGUAAUUUUUCCUUAUUGUUUUAUUGGAUAUUUCAGCAUGAUUAUUGUUUCAGAGUUGCGGCCUCAAGCUAAUUGUAAAUGGGUCUUUUUUUUUUUCCUUUUUUUUUUAGAAUGGAUGAUUUUUUUCUUUUCUUUUUUUUUUUUAUUUUUUUUUUUCACCCACAGCAUGUUUUAGAAUUUUUGUUUGUUUUUAAGUCAGUACAAAAAAUAAUAUUUGUAGUGGGUUUUUUUUUCUUUCAUUUUUGUAGCUUCGCGUGUCUGUCGGCUGUAUGACUGUAAUGAAUGUGUUUGAAGAGGUUUUGAGGCGUUCGUUAAGCAGGACGGUGUUGUCUCAAAUACUGUGGUUGAAACCCAAUCAGUUUGUUUACUGCAGACCAAAAGAUACAGCACACAGAUUUAUUGAUAAAACAGAGUUUUAAUGUUUAUAUAUAUAUAUAUAUAUAUAUAUAUAUAUAUAUAUAUAUGAAAACUAUUCUAUAAGUUGCUUUUUUUGUACAGUAUUUUUCCUAUAUAAUACUGUUUGAAUAUUUUCAAGGCACAACAAAUCCAGAGUAGUACAAGAGAAAUCUAUGAUAGCGUAUAUAUAUAUAUCUAUUACUCAGCGCUAAGUAACAUAGUGUUUUUAUAUAUUAUGAAGUAUAUAACAGGGAGUAAAAGCGAAACCCGCGAUUAUGUCCUCUAUUUUGGGCAUUAAAAACCUUCUGCACCCUCAAUUUUCAAAUAGCCUUUAGUAUUCUGUCUCAGGGAACGCUAGCAGCCGGACCUCACACCAUAACUCGCAGCAACAUAAAGAUUAUAUAUAUGUAUAUUGUACAGAAAGUACAUGAAUAGUUUUUCUCCUAUAGGGAGGAGCUGCAAUUCCUCCGUAUAACUCUAAUGGAGUUUCAUUACACACAGCAUCCACAGUAUUGCUAUUGGUUCUUUGGAUGGAAAUCUAAAGGCUAUGCUUUCUAGUCUAUACAAUUGAGUCUUUUUCACAGUAGAGUGUUGCUAAUGAAUGUUUAGUGCGGCAGCUCUAAGAGCUUUUGCUUGGUUGAAUGUUAUAAAAGUCUUAUUGUUGUCAAUGGAGUCACUGGGUACGUUCAGACUAGUAUACUACUACUAUUCCUGCAGUAUAUAGUAUGUAUGUGCACAGUUUGUGAAAGUAGUAAGCUAGAAGUUAAUUCUGGAACGUACCAGCUUUUUGUAGGUUUUUCUGGUCUGAGAUCAGUUUUUUUUCUUUCUGUUCUAAUAGAUGAUGCAGGGUUUAAAGCCGGGACAACUGAUCUCAGGUCAGGUUUGAUUGCUGUUCCUGCUGGUGACUUCAUUGUCAACAGUAACUGCCCCAGUUUAGGCCAAAAUUCAGAUGUGCAUAGAUGCUGAGGGUCGAUUGGGGGCAGAAAUGGCGCUGUGUUUUAUGUGUUUCUUUUAAUUUCCCUUUAUUUUCACAUGUCUGUUUGUUUGUUUUUUUGUGGUAUAAAUGCAGAUGUGAGACGCGUGUAUAAAGCCCUGUGUAGACUGUUUCCAAAUGUACAAAACUUAAAUAAAUCCAGGAUUAAGCCAAA